AUUCUUCCGUUCCUCAGGCUUUGUGUGAUCUUAUGGGAUCGGUGCUUUUUCAUGUGUAUAACAAUACACCCAGUACAUUCUUGCUUUAAAGAUGAAAAUAUUCUUCAUGUUAGUGUACAGGUGAACUGCGGGCUUAAUGGCCCUCAAGUAGUUGAUAGGCGCUGAAUCCGACACACCACUCAGAUCGAUCAAGUGCACAAUGCACACACACGGUCAGCAGUCGUGUGGUAAAGAGCUGUGAUUCUUACCCUUGUAGACCAUGCAUUGAUUGAGAUAAUUAUUACUUUAAUCAGUCUGAUUUUUUUGUGUGUGAGUUGUGUAAGGACUUUGUGCAGUGUUUGACAUACAGAAUACAGUGAAGAGUUUAUCUCCUUUGCUAAAAUUCAGAGGACAGUUCUCACUGAAGAAACUCGAUUAGCUUUUAUCAGAUUACGCGGUGAUUUUAUUUUCAUCACCACCUUGACCAGCACCACCGUACUGAAGAUAAUAACUGUGCUUGAGGAGAGUAGCCUAGUGGACCUGUGGCCAGAUACUUGUCAGAUAUUUUGAAGGAGGUGACGCCGGAAGAGGGAACAUACAAUCACCGGGAUGGCAUGACACUGGAGGAGGCAUACGCUGAGUACUAUGGUUCCUCGACGUCCUCGAAGCCCUUUCUCGACGCCGUGUCCACGCUGGUUGACUCCGUGGCUGAAGCUGACACGGGAGUCCUGGGCACCGAUCCCAGGUACCACUUUAGAAGCGAGCGCUUCUCGGAGUCCCAGCAGAUGCUGGAGGGCAGGUGGAGGAGGGCACUGAGGGCAGCCAACGCUGGAGACUAUAGUGGUGCCCUCCACCUGCUGGGUCUCUCCCUAGCUGCCAUCCAGGACUUCUACUCCUGCACCAACUGGGUUGAACUGGGAAACACAGACUUCAACCCUGAUAUUGGUAUCCCUGGCAAGGACAUCAAGAACGUGGCGAGCAUCAAGGAACGGACAUGCAAGGACUGUCCAGAGGCCGCUGACGGCAUAGGAUCCUGCCACAAUAAUAUACUCCAAGAAAUUCUGGACUCCAAGAAACUCACAUCUAGCUACAAUGACGAUUCCUACGUCAAUAAUAGGAAGGUGGAGAAGCCCAAAGACGUUGACAAGUGCAGCCAUGGAGGGCCUAGAGACAAGUCAGGGAGGGUGGGUGCACGAGGAGGGAUUAACAAGGACCUGCCUACAGCCUGCUUCUCACCUCACCACUACCUUCACGAACAGGCCGCCCAGCAGGCCGUCAGGGCGAGUGAGUAUUACAUAAAUCUGAUGCGUGGAGGUGUGGGAGAUACAACCUUCAGCCGUCUGCUGGGACUGCACCCAACACCCGCUCUGGUCAUCGUCGUGGACACCACUGAGUCUAUGGACGAGGAACUUGCUGUCCUUACUCACUCUAUAAGUCGUCUGGUGAGGCAACACGACUCUGCCACCUACCCCCCUGCGGAGUACAUCCUCGUCCCCUUCGGUGAUCCAUCCUAUGGUCCAGUAAUUCGCUCUCUGCAACCAGAGGACAUCUACACUGCCUUGACUAAACUGACAGCCGCCAAAGGAGGAGAUGAGGCAGAGCUGAGUAUGUCUGGACUACGCCUGGCCCUGCACCACAGCCCUCCACACUCCCAAGUCUUUCUAUUCACCGACGCCUCUAUCAAGGAUCCUGAACUCUUCGCUACAGUCAUCACUCUAGCACUAUCAAAAUCAAUCAAGGUAACUCCAGUACUGACGAUGCCAGUACAGUAUGGCGGCAUCAGUGGCAAGAUCAGCCUCAAGCAAGACCUCCUGCAGCCUGAGACCAACCUUACUUCUGGCAGCACCAGCAGGAACACCAGCUCCAGGAUAAGGAGAAGCAGCGAUAGACGCAAAAGACAACUGCAGAGUUUCGGGAAGUACAGCGAGCUGGCACACAGGACAGGAGGACAGCUCAUCGAGACGACAUUCAUGGAGGUGGGAGAGACAGCGAGGAUCCUGGAGGCCGAGCAGUAUCCUAUGGCGGUGUUGAGGCGGGUGUCUGAUGUUACGUCACCGCAGACAGUGAAGAUGCCUGUGGACUCUUUGGUCACUGUGCUGGAGGUCUCCAUCUCCGGCGGUGCGGUUUCUGCUGUUCUACUUUCGCCGUCGGGGGCCAGGUUUGACUUGGUAGCUGAUGCCAGCUCUUUGAGCGAUGAUGAUUACACGGUGGUGGUCGCAACACACUACCAUAUACAGGUCCGAAUAAACAUGGCUCAACGACGCAAAGAUGUCGGAGAAUGGACUUUGAAAUUUGAGCCCAUUAAUGUGAGCUCGGCGGUGGUGUACGCCCGCACCUCCCUGGACAUAAUGCCUGUCUUCUACACCCCGGACGCCGCCUCCAGCCAGCCGUCCAUGCAGCGGGUCCAGGGCGAACCCAGCCCAAACAUGGACACGUACCUGGAUAUAAUCAUGACUGGAGUGGACACGGCGGGGCUGAAGCAUGUCCAGAGUGUCCUCCUAUUGGAUGAUUCGGGUCAGGAGUUGGUUUUGGACCUGCCCAGUAACUCCCCUCGGCGCAACACUUACCUGAGCCUCCCUUCCCAACGUCUGCCCAAGGGAAGGUUCACGGUGGUCGUCAGUGGAGAGGACAGUACAGGAGUGGUGUUCCGUCGUGAGGGUGGAAGAGUGUGGGAGACUGUCAAAUCCAGCCUAACUUUUUCCCUGGGUCGUGAUAUCUGGGGUCCUCCUGGCUCAGUGCUCACUAUCCCUGUCUCCAUCACUAAUACCGACACCAGCACCGCUACAGCCAAAACCUACUUUAUCACAGCGUACGACGCACUUGGCUCCGUGGUCAGCGUCGACCAUACACGGUUACAGCUGGGCAGGAACGAGACAACAGUUGUGAGUGUGAGGCUGGAGAUAAACUCUCAGGUAUCACCGCACACCACCAACUCUCUGCUGGUGACCGCCACCUCCACCCAGGGUGACACCUCCCAUACACACGCUCACGUCUCCGUCACCUCCCUACUUGAAGACGGAGUCCCGCCCGGGUGCAACUUGGUCAGCAAGUCGAGUUGUGAUGGUCACCUCACCCAGAGCACAUGCUCUAGUCUACAGUGGAAUGCUGGGAUAUAUAUCCACGAUGACAUAGCACUAAGCAGAAUUGAGACGGUACCUGCCAGCAACCCUCCCAGCGUUAUGGGGAUGAAGAGCACGACCUGGAACUAUCAGGCCCAGUGCUGCUCUCCUCAUCUCAAAGUUACAGUCUACGACGUCUCCGGUAACGUCGGUUUCUGCACUAUUUACAACGGCGACGUUACAGACGACAAUGGUAACGUCAAGCUCAGUAAAGGAGCAAUAGCUGGAAUAACCGUAGGAUCCGUCCUGGGAGGCAUUCUGCUGAUCAUUAUCAUCGUCUUGGUCGUUAUCCGUCUGCGCCGCAGCAAGAAGGAAGACAUCACUCUCAGGAGAGCUGCCAGGAGAGAUGACGAAUAGGGGCGACUUAAGGAACACCCAGUGGAACAGACAGGGGCCUCACCAGCCAUCAGAGGAACAUCAGGAGGAACCGUGAAGUCAGGAACUCGAGAUCAGCUUAAUAGAUCCCAUAAUUUUGUAGAUUCUUUACCCAUUGCACUCUCUGGCUUGUCAAGAAGACACUCGUGGCUGUCGGAAACCUCGACAACCACGAUGUUAGAAACAGACACAGAGAGGUCUUCGGCACCGCCUCCUUCCUGGCGAGAAACUAGUUCCUCCUACAACACAUUUCCUCUUCCGAGCCAGACGAGCUCCUGGACCAUCACGUCAUCCAGCCGGACGGAAGAAUCUAGCAGAACUUCAGACCUGUCAUCAGCUUCAAGAACCUCAUAUCUAUGGGGUUUCUGGAGAGUUCAGUUUCUACGACCACCUUCAGUGUUCACAGUGAGUAAAGCAGAAAUAUUAGAUACAUUGUAAAAUGAGUGUAACAAGCACCGAACAAAUUUUGAUUUCCAGUACAAAAAAAAAAAAAGAUUUAUAUAAAAGAAAGCAAAUUGUAGAUACCAAUUUAGGACAUUUUGAAAAUUAUUACAGAAUUAUUUAACAACACUGGGCAGCUUAUAAAUAUUAUCACGUACGUUUUGAUGCUAUCUGCAAUAAUAAUUUCUUACUGAUGACUUUGUAAUAAAUGAAAAGAAUGCAUUGAACGUUAUUUUGAGCUCAGCACACCAAGUGUGACCCUAUGACCGUCACUGCCUGACUGUCACUGUCUGUCAGGGGGUCCUGGCCGUCACUGUCUGUCAGGGGGUCCAGGCCGUCACUGUCUGUCAUCGGCUCGUGGCCAUCCCUGGCAAGUGACAUCGUGGUUCUGCUUACUUAUUAUAUUGGGCGUUCCUUCGGACUAAGUCUAUAUAUUUAUACCUUGUUUCUGGAUUAUUAUUAUUAUAAUCAAGGGGGAAGCGCUAAACCCAGAGGAUUAUACAGCGCCUGGGGGGGGGAUGUGGAAGGCAUUCAGGCUUAAUUCGGGGAACUGGAGCACGGAUCCAGUUCCCUAAAUCAAGAGCCUCUCACCAACAUCAAGGAACCUUCCUUGAGGGGCCUUGUUGCUGGAGAGGAGCAAUUGACCUAUGGAAAUUCGAGUUUCUUCCCAUUCCUCGCAUCAAACCUGAUUACCUACUGUACCUUACCGGCUGUAUAACCCGAACGGGUUUGACGCUUCAUCAUAAUUACAAUAUUUUAAUUUUUUUUUUAAUGGGGAAGCACCAAGCCCACAGCGGUCGAAACAGCGCCUGGGUAAUGGAAAGGAAAUCAGUUUCUAUGCGAGAAGCUACAGCUUCUCACCCCCUAACCUCGCAACCUUCAAUAAACAGCUGUAAUUUGAUCUUAUAUCUUGGAUAUGAUUAAGUGUACGCUCUCGAAUUCAGGGUAUGAAGUGUGUACGUGUGUGUGUACGUGUGUAUUUACGUGUGUGUGUGUGUACGUGUGUGUGUACGUGUGAGUACGUGUGUAUAAUGCGAUGUAAUAUAUAUUGAUUUUAAUUAAAACUGUAUUUAGCCUAGUCUUCACUUUUAAUUUUGGAAUCACUUACGUAAAGUUCAAUGUAAAAUUAUUGGCGUUUAAUAUUGUUAUUGUGUGCUGUAUAAUUUGUACUCU